AUGAAUCCCCAGCUCGACGCGCGCGCACGCGUCCAGCGCUCCCCACUCCCCUAUGUCCUCUCCGACGUCGACGUGCGCGCAGAGUCGUCGCGAGCCCAGCAGCGCAGGGCAGGCUUGAUGCCACGAGCUCCCAACCCCUCCGCAGCCGAGUUCUUCGUCCCCGGACUUCCGGGUGUGCCGGACCUCGCCAGCCAUCCAACUCACCCCGUCAACCUGUAUGCUGGCGAGCUGGCAUCCUAUCCUGGCGAGGGCAAGGGCGGUGGCGAAGGCGCGGUGGGAAAGGACGCGCAGAUCUUCUUUAUGAUGGCUCGUGCCCGGCGGUCGGCAGGUAAACAGCGUGUCAUCUUUUGGUUCAACGGUGGCCCAGGCUGUUCGUCAUUUGACGGCUCGCUCAUGGAGGUCGGCCCCUUCCGCACUGUCCCCGCCAAGGAGACCGAGAGUGGACAGGCCGAGAUCCGUCUCGUCGAGGGCGGCUGGGAGGAGUUUGCGACCAUUGUGUUUAUUGACCAGCCGCCCGGCACUGGAUUGUCCUACGUCCCGACCGAGGGAUACGUGCACGAGUUGGACGAGGCGUCUCAACACCUCAUCCACUUUAUGACCAACUUUUACAAGGUCUUCCCCGAGCUCGACGGCGUGGAUACCUACCUUGCUGGAGAGUCGUAUGCUGGCCAGUACAUUCCUUACUUUGCGACCAACUUGCUCAAGACGGACCAGCUGCCCAAGCUCCAGUUCAAGGGUAUCGCCAUUGGUAACGGCUGGAUCGACCCGCUGCGCCAGUACCCCGCCUAUGCCGAGUUUGCGUACAACAAGGGCCUCAUUAAGAAGGGCACCGACGCGGCCAAAGAGCUCGAGGCGGUCUUGGAAGCAUGCAACGUCGAGAUUGCAAAGUACACCGACCCCUUGAACACGCCCAUCAACAUCAACGUCUGUGAAGGUGUCAUGAGCAGGGUGACGGAUCCAUUUACCGAGACACUAAACGGCAAGAAGCAGUGCAUGAACAUUUACGACAUUCGCUUGAUGGACGACUUCCCCGCAUGUGGCAUGGGAUGGCCGCCAGACCUUCCGGACGUCUACGACUUCCUUGGCCGCAAGGACGUGGUGCAUGCGCUGCACGCCGACGUCCAUGUCCCCGCUUGGGUCGAGUGCGACGGCCGUGUCGGCUCGUCGUUGAGCAACCGCAAAUCGCCCGCUGCCGUUCACCUCAUCCCUGGCAUUGUCGAGGCUGGUGUCAAGGUUCUCAUGUUCGCGGGCGCCGAGGACCUCAUCUGCAACCACGUCGGUAUCGAGAACAUGCUCGACGUCAUGGAGUGGAACGGCGAGACUGGAUUCGGCAACGCGACUGCCCAGAACUGGUACGUCAACGGCACCCAGGUCGGCACGUGGACCACCGGACGCAACAUGUCCUAUGCGCUUGUCUACGACUCGAGCCACAUGGUCGGCUUUGACGUCCCGCACGUCACCAACGACAUGAUCAUGCGGUUCAUGGACGUUGACAUUUCGCUCAUGCCCGGUCUCACGGGUGCCACCACGUCCAAGAUUGGCGACGACGAGCGCCCCGCCGUCCAUUUCGGCGAACCCCCAGACGACGGCGGCAUGCCCCUCCUCAAGGGCGGCACUGGCGACUGGGAAAGCUGGUACAACGCCAUCUCGGCCGUCCUCAUCCUCCUCACGCUCAUCGGCAUCGUCGGCCUGUACCUGUACUUCCGCCGCCGCCGCCUCGCGAUGGGUGGUGGCCGCCUCGCGCUCGGCUCGUCCCGCCGCUCGCCGCGCGGACUCGGCCACGGCCACUCGCGCUCGGUUGACGACGACAGGGAGGAACGAGUGCCCCUGGCCGGCGCGGACGAGUAUGAGCUCGACGACACGCUCAACGGCCAUUCUGGCAGCGGCAGCCUCGACUCGAACGGCAAGGGAAAGGGCAAAGCUAGGGAUUCGAUGGAGGACAUGGAGCGCGGCGAGACCGUGUUCGCCCUCGGCGAGGAGGACGACCAUGAAAAGUGA